ACGAAGAUGGAGCACCAUUCACCCCCACACGCGAGUCCAGUCAACUUCCGCUCACUACCAAUGAAAUUGGACCAGAAAGGAAACAAAAUGAACCCAGACAUUUGAAAGAGAUCAAUCAAGUAAGGCAACCAGCUCUUCUUCAUCCAUGGCAGCCAGCAAUACUGUGAAGUAUGGGAUUAUAGGGGUGGGGAUGAUGGGUAGAGAACACCUCAUUAAUCUCCAUCAUCUUCGCACAGAAAACGUGGCCGUUGUUUGCAUAGCAGAUCCUCAUGUCUCCUCCCAAAAACUCGCUCUUGAACUUGCCCAAUCCUUUGGUUGGCCUCUUACGGUUUUUUCAGGGCAUCAGGACCUAUUGGAUAGUGGGCUCUGUGAUGUAGUGGUUGUGUCGUCUCCAAACAUGACUCACUAUCAAAUUCUUAUGGAUAUUAUUCACCACCCGAAACCCCAUCAUGUACUGGUGGAGAAGCCACUCUGCACCACCGUUGCUGAUUGCAGGAAGGUUGUAUAUGCUGCUAAAAAGAGGUCAGAUAUGCUUGUGCAAGUUGGAUUAGAGUAUAGAUACAUGCCACCAGUUGCUAAGCUGAUUGAAAUUGUUAAGGGUGGAUCUCUGGGGCAAGUCAAAAUGGUGGCAAUCCGAGAACAUCGAUUUCCAUUUUUGGUUAAGGUUAACAAUUGGAACCGGUUCAAUGCUAACACAGGGGGGACUCUGGUUGAGAAGUGCUGCCAUUUCUUUGAUCUGAUGAGGCUGUUUGCCAGUGCAGAUCCUGUUCGUGUUAUGGCUUCUGGAGCUAUAGAUGUUAAUCACAAAGAUGAAGUCUAUGAUGGAAAGGUACCUGACAUCAUUGACAAUGCAUAUGUUAUUAUCGAGUUUGAUAAUGGUUCUCGGGGAAUGCUUGAUCUUUGCAUGUUUGCUGAAGGUAGCAAAAAUGAGCAAGAAAUAUCUGUUGUUGGUGAUAUUGGAAAGGGGGAGGCUUUUGUUCCUGAGAGUAUAGUGCGCUAUGGUACUCGAGUGGCAGGAAGAGAUGGUGUCCAAACAUUGAAGGCUGAAGAUGACCGGAUCAAAUAUGAUGGACUGCAUCAUGGGUCUAGCUAUUUGGAACACCUUAAUUUCCUGUCUGCAAUUCGGGCAAAAGGUGAGAAAGCUCCUGCAGUGGAUUUGCAAGAUGGUUUGAUUUCGGUGGCCAUUGGAGUUGCAGCACAGCUUUCAAUUGAGAAGGGUCGAUUUGUUACAAUUAAGGAAGUCAUGGACGAACAUCACUGGAAUGAUUCUGUUUGAAUAUUGAUCUUAAUGACUCCGUCUCUAUUUGUGGUUGUUUCAGUCUUCUUGUUAAUUUGUCUGUCAUUUCCUUGUUGAAUGCAAGAGGAGUCAUGUUGUAAAAAGAAAAGAAAAAAGCCUGUUAAUUAUUCACAGAACUUGUUUAUCUUAUUCAGUGUUGUAUUUGCUCCA